ACGGCAAUCGCUACCCUUGUUGUGUACACAAACAUGCAAGUGCAUCUCAACCACAUCUCCAAACCUAAACAAAUCAGUAUGUGUAUCCCUAUACUGUCAUGUACUCGUGUUUGUAACAGUAACCGCAUGUGGGAGUGUUUAGAGGCUGCGGGGGAGGAUAUAGAGGAGGAGAAACUGGUCGGGCAGCUAUAGGUAGAAGGAACAGGGAAUUUUUUAAGACACUGGAAAAAAAAAAUCUGUGACAUUCUACACCUGACCAGCCUGAGGACAUGUAGCUUAUAGGGUAAUGCUAAUAUUUAAGCAGCCGGCAACCUCAGUGAGGACAUGAAAUGUAGAACGUCGACAUUGAGAUAUACAAUCUAGCCAGUGUUUAUUCAUGUGUCCAUAUUGAUAUACAGCAAGGGAAAAGGUAUCUUCGUAAAACUGAAAGCAGAUUAAAGAUCAAAUAAUAAAUGGACUGAACUGAGAGGACACGACUACUAGGAAACGCCGUACUGACCAACAUACUGGAGACCUGUGUUUUAUCCCCAGCAGCUGAAGAAGCUCUUUGUGCUACGUCCAGCCAACCAUGCGAGAAUACGGGAUGGAGGCUUUGAUGCGGGUAAAAGGAUAUGAAAUGCUCGUGGUGCUCCGGGAUAACACCCUGAAUUGGGUCACCCACAAGAAAUCCACCUGGAGAAAAAAGGGUCCUAGUGGUUCCGUGCCAGUCAACGAAAUUAUUCUAGCUCAUCUGGGGGAUUGCAAACAGAGAGGAAAGAGCAUCAGUACUCCUAGUACCCAGUUCACAGUGUACCAUGUAUCCAGAAGGUCUGCUCAGCGCUGGAUCGUUCAAGCCGUCACCUUCACAGCUCCAGACGCCCAGGUGGCAAACAGCUGGGUGCAGACUCUGCAGGAACAGAUACAUCCAAGUGGGAACACAAGACCACAAAGGCUGCUGGUGUUUAUCAACCCCUAUGGUGGCAGAGGAAAAGCUUCAAAGGUGUUCAGAAAAAAAAUAUCUCCUCUCUUCCAGCUGGCCGGAAUUGAGACGGAAGUGAUCGAAACCACCCGGGCAAAUCAUGCCAGAGACUUCAUCCUGGAGGAAGAUCUGCAGAAAUAUGACGGUGUGGUGUGCGUUGGGGGUGACGGAAUGUUCAGCGAGUUGUUACAUGGACUAGUGACACGGACGCAGAGGGACAGCGGCAUCUGUGAGAAGGAUGAGAACUCUGCACUUACAGCCUGCAGACUGCGCAUAGGGAUUAUACCGGCAGGUUCCACUGACUGUGUGUGUUUUGCCACCGUUGGAAUCAAUGACCCUGUGACAUCAGCGUUGCAUAUUAUUAUAGGGGACACACAGCCUAUGGAUGUCUGCGCGUCAUACCACGCGGAGCAGCUCAAAAGAUUCUCUGUGUCACUGAUCGGUUAUGGCUUCUUCGGGGAUGUCCUCAGGGAGAGCGAGAAGUUGCGUUGGAUGGGUCCUCUCCGAUACGAUGUGUCAGGAUUUAAGAUGGUUCUCCUUAACCGGGCCUAUAGAGGGACUGUAGAAUUUCUUGAAGCAGAUGACGGUUAUUCCAACCCAAGAGACAAUACUCGCUGCAGGACAGGGUGCCUUGUGUGUUCAGAGUCGUCAGAAAAACUGAGAGAAGUGAUGGAAGCAGAAAAUCAUUGUUGUACCUCCAAUAAGUGGAAAAAAGUGAGUGGCUCCUUCGUGGCUAUUAAUGUUACAGGCAUGUCCAGCGCUUGCCCUAAGAGUCAAGAUGGCCUGUCUCCGACAGCACAUCUAGCAGAUGGCACUGCUGACCUCAUCUUGGUGCACAAGUGCAACAUGUUCCGCUUCCUGAGACAUCUCAAAAGACACACGAGUAGCAAAGACCAGUUCGCUUUGCCCUACGUGGAAGUACACCGGAUCCACGCCAUGCGUUUCAUUCCUGACCACGAAGAAAAGGAUGAUACGGAGGAGGACAAUAUCAGGCGAAGAAAGAGCAUCUUUUCAACUCUAUGCAGAGGCACUCCACACACCAGCACAUGGAACUGUGAUGGAGAGAUCUUAGAAUGUGCACAAAUUAGCGUCAGGGUACACCACCAGCUCAUCCAGCUCUUUGCACGAGGUAUUGAAGGCACAUGCGGCAGCUGAAGAAGGACCACCAAGCAUUUUAUUGCUUUAUUUUUUCCUAUUGCACUUGAAUGAAAGGCAUUAAUGCUAUUAAGACCUGGAACUCAGCAUAUCACUAGGUGAAGAAAAGCACGGGCCAGAGGCUGCUGGACAGCAAUCCCAGGAGUAGCCAAACACUGCCACUUAAUAGACACAUACACAGGCUCUUACGAUGACGUUGUUGAUGAAAUUCUUUUGCUUUCUGUGUGAGCAGGGAAAUAUUUCUGCACGGCAAUUAAUUUUUAGAAAUGUGGUCAAAAGGUAGAUCCUUUGGCCAUUGCACCACUGUAUAUACCACAAUGCUUUUCUAGCCUUAAGGUUGCCAAAGCAUUAUUGGAAUUGUAGAACUACAAGUUAGUUUAUGAUUUCACCCCUUAAUGGGGGUCGGUCUUAGACCAAAUCAGUACAAGCCUUUUCCUUAGGAGGUUAGAAUUUAAAAUAUUCAGUUGUUAAAAAAAAAAUAAAAAAAAUUAUAGGUGAUUUUUAUUAUGCUGUACUAGAAUGAGAAUUUUUAGUGAUAGUUUGGUCUCUGAUGGAGAGGGGUGUAGAUCACCUUCUGUUCAUCACUUCAAAUUAUUUUAAUAUUAGUUCAAUAGAAAAAUUUAACUAUAUAUUUGUAUAUAUAUUUAUGUAGGAAUGUUCAACUAGGAUGUGUUACACAAUGUAAAAUAGUAUAGUUUUCCUUUUAUUUGAAACCCAAGAUUCCUUCACGGAAUGCUAAAGGUACAAUUUUACCAGCAGCAAAAGCACAAUGCCCUUAAUCAAACACAUACACAUCCUUUUUAAUAAAUGUUCCCUAUUU